CUUCUCGUCUCCCCGUCCAUGUCCCUGCGAGUCCAGGCGCGAGCACGCGAUGCGACCUGCCUUCUCGGCCGCCAAGCCGUCGCCGUCCGCGAGGGAGAAGGGAAGGAGGAAGGGCGCCGCCGCCACCGCCACCGAGCAGCUGCUCACCGAGCAGGUCCUCUCCCUCCGAACACGCCUCCACGACGCCCUCGCCCUCGGCCUCACCAAGUCUGAUGGACACGGUGCUAAGAAAUGGCAGUCUACUGAUGCUGGAAUACAGUCUCAUGCGCUCAAAGCAGUGGCUGCGUUUGUCGGUUGUCUAUCGAGUGAAAUGCUGAGGCUUCAUCCUAUAAAGGAGUCAAUUUCAGAUAUAAUUAUCGCACUGGACGGUAUUCUUAAGACAAAGAAUGUUUCAGUUCUGAUACAAGCAGCAGAUGUGAACUUAAAAUUGGUUACCAGUGUAGGCAAUUCUAUUCGCCAAUACCCAAUCUUGGAGAUGGUUUCGUCCCUCUCGUGCCAAUUGUCUGCGGGCCAGCUACCUAUAUCUAUGUCAUGUGCAAGUGCACUGAGUUGUGUAUUGAACAGCCUAGUGGCAGCAAGAGCUUCAGCUCAGACAGAAAUUUGGGAGGCUCUGGAGGAAACCAAUGCAGUUGCAAGUAUUGUUUCAGCUCUGCUGAGUUACACCCAUGAUGCCCAUCCGCUAAGCUAUCUGACAGAGAUGAUCUCUCUUCUAAGAAUUAUCCUGUGGAUUUGGCCUUCUUCGAGAUACCAUGUAUGGAGUAACAGCAACUUGAUGGGCAAGCUGUCACAAUACUGUCUUAGCAUCGAAACAACAGUUACUGCUAAAAUUAUGAAGCUGUAUGCUGCUUUAGCUUUAUGCGGCAAUGGAGCGAUGAUCCUUCUCAAGAAUGAAGAGUUGAUGACUAAGAUUGGUGACCUUAUUGGGAAGUCUCAUCCUAGCAUCACUAGGAUUGAAGCAUUGAAGCUUUUCCAGGUUCUUCUGAGAUCUUCAAAGGGGUGCAAUCUGUUUAUGACUUCACAUUGUCAGCCUAUUGUUCAAGGCAUAAUUGAUGCAAUGUCUGAAAUUGAUGAAAAAUCAUUAGUAGCAGAGGGAUGUCGUACUGCAGUAUUGGCCCUUCGUUAUUCUGGGAUUCAUCAUAAAUGCUUUUGGUCUAAAGCUAUUGAUGAAGUAUUAUAUAAGAUUCUUGCUGGGAGCUGCAUCUCUUCACGUCAUUCCCAUCAGAUCUUGUGCCAUGAAGAGCUGUUGAACAUAGAUUCCAAAGACCUUAUGAAUAUACAUCCAUAUGUAUGGGAUAUACUUGGAUAUCUAGCGGUACAUUGUAAUAACGAGUAUCUCUUUGUAAGGAAACGGCGAAAUUGUUUCUUGCAGGCACUGAUAUCUUGUGCUUGUUCACUCGCUACAAAUUUAACACAGAAAAACAGCCCCAUGAAAUUUUCCAGAGAGGAGCAGGAGCCGGCUUUGAGGGCAGUUCUUAUGAUGCUCCUCUCUCCUAGCCAAUACAUUUUUUCUGAGGCAAGUUCUAAAUUUCUGGAAGUUCUACCAUUGGGUGAUGAGUAUUUGAACAUUCCCUUGUCGUCAUUAGAAUCAAAUGUUACCAGAAAUCUUACCUCAUCUUUUGACUGUGUCAAAAUUAUGACCAACCUCAUGAACCUAGCAUGCUUGGUGAUAGUACAAUCUAACCAUAGUCUCAACAAGAGGAAUGCUGUAGAUGUAUUAUCCACCAUUAUAAAGGAAUGUCUGCACAAAAAUUUAUACAUUACAAGGUCAAACAUCGCUUCCCAUCUGCAAUUUUGUUUUGAUGGAAGUUCAUGUUGCUAUCUCGCUGAAGAGUGGGAAGGUGAAAAUAUUGUUUUAUUUUACGGUCUCGUGGUGUUGUAUAAUCUGCUGAGGAGAGCCAGCUUUCUUUGUGUUCACUGUAAAAGGAAUUUGGAUGUGGGGAUUGUGUGCCAUGAUUGCAGAGAGUAUUAUACUGAAGAUCUGAUUAGAGUCCUUGAACAUGCCUUGUGUCAAAACUUGAGCCCAGGACCCAAGUCUUAUAUUGCACAUAUACUGAGUUUGUUUGGUCGUUGUGGUAUUCCAAGCAAGUUGGGAGGAAAGAUGAGAAGUGCAUUAUGUGAUAAUGAGCUAGUUGAUCUGGAACUGUUGCUUGCAGACGGUGAAUCUCUAAAUGUUCAUGCAGCUAUCUUAUUAGCAAGGUGUCCUAAGUUGUUGCCAUCCACAAAAUCUCUCACCAAAGAUGGAAAACUGACUGAUGAGCUAGCCAAAAGAUCACUUUAUCAUGUCCGAAUGUCUGAUCGUGUAGAUAGUCAUGCCCUGAAGAAAAUUUUGGAAUAUGCAUACGCUGGUUUUGUCACAGUAGAUGAUGACAUUGUUAAGCCUGUGAGAACACUUGCGAAGUAUUGUCGCUUGAGAUCACUGCAAGAGAUGCUUCAGAAAGAGCAACCCAGAUGGAACUUCGAUUGUCCCAGAUAUGCUCUCACUGCAGCACUUGAACCAGCUGAACAUUCAUUCUCGGACAAAAUUCUGGAGGCCCAAUCAAAUGACAAAAUGGAGUGUCUCCAUGGCUCAUGCCAAUUAUCGACCCCACAUGUUCAUAGCCAUAAAAUUGUUUUGAGCAUGAGCUGCGAUUACCUUCGGGCUUUAUUUCAAUCUGGGAUGCAUGAGAGCUUUUCAGAGGUUAUCAGAGUUCCACUCGGGUGGGAAGCGUUGGACAAACUAGUCCAGUGGUUCUACUCAGGCAAGCUGCCCAGAGUUGCGCCGGAUUGCCGAUGGAAAAAUCUGAGCGUAGAAGAGCAGUUAUACCAUCUAAGACCUUACGCGGAGCUGUCCUCCCUAGCUGAGUUCUGGUUCCUGGAUGGAGUGAAGGAGGAGAGCCUUGAAGUGGUUACCUCCUGCCUGAAUUCUAGCACAAACGCUUCUGUCGAGUUCAUCGGCUUCGCAGCUAACUUGGGCCAGUGGGAAAUGGUGGAGGCCGCCAUCAGCAGCGUGGCUCAUCUGUACCCGAAACUGCGAGACGCUGGUCAGCUGGAACAGCUCGACGAAGACCUGCUUAACAUGCUGCGAACAGAGUAUGUUCGGUACUCCCAGCACGGAGAUAGACAUAACUGAAUCCGGAAUGUGCUUGUCAUCGGGCACUACGUUAGACAAGAUAGCUUGCGUGUUUUUGUUGCUGAGAAUGUAUAGUAUGUUGCAGACACGAAAAAUGGUCAUCUUGUUCGUGGUGCUGUAAACAGCCUUGUGUUUGGUGAUACACGUUUUGGCCACGUAUGAAAAAUCGUAACUCACAGGUCCCCCGUCAUAUCCGCAAUUCAUUUCGCCUGGUACUUGUCAGUUCUCAGUCACUUUGUCCUGGAAUCCUUGAGCUGAAAACUGAAUUAAUGUACUACUAAGAUUACCGUGA